AUUUCUUGUACUACGCUAAUACCUCUAACUAACUCGCUGCAUCACUUUUUUUUUGUUUUGUGUACGUUGCUGCCACAGAGCCUCGAGGAGCGCGAAUGGCUUGCGCAUCAUUUCGAACGACUCGUUGCUGGCCAUCAGCAACAGGAUGCAGAAUUUACAAUUAGCAACGAUGCCCGGCGUCAGAUAGCCGAAUUGCUAAUCAAGUCACAGACGUGGGAUAAUUUUAUGGCGAUAAGAUUCGCGAGCGUUAAACGUUAUGGUGGCGAGGGUGCUGAAAGCCUCUUGGCCUUCUAUUGGCAACUUUUACGCAGCGCCGUGCAAGUUGACAUUAGCGAUUUGGUAGUGGCCAUGCCACAUCGCGGACGCCUGCCACUCCAAACAGUUAUGCUUAAUAUGCGUCCCGCAAAAAUUUUCCACAAACUUAGCGGCGAAUCGGAGUUCCCAGACGAUGCACAAGCGAUGUCCGACACUUUAAGUCAUUUCCAUUCAUCCGAGGACUUGGAGGUGGAGGGCAAGAAGAUACACAUAAGUUUAUUGAGAAAUCCAUCGCAUUUGGAGGCCGUUAAUCCCGUCUCAAUGGGUAAAACUCGCUCAAAACAACAAACACUUCGUGAUGGCGCCUUUAGUGCUGACCCAAAUACGCCAUUUGGUACAACAGUCCUGAAUCUAAUUAUACAUGGCGACGCUGCAUUCGCCGGCCAAGGUGUCAAUCAGGAAUGUCUUAACAUGGCAUAUGUGCCACACUUUGAAAUUGGUGGCAGCGUACAUUUGAUUGUGAAUAAUCAGGUCGGCUUCACGACACCCGGAGAACGCGGUCGUUCUACAGAUUACGCAACUGAUCUGGCCAAGACUAUACAGGCACCCGUUUUUCACGUAAAUGGAGAUAAUCCCGAAAUGGUGACCUUAAUAACUCAUUUGGCAAUGCAAUACCAACGCAAAUUUCGAAAAGAUGUCUUCAUUGAUAUGAAUUGUUUCCGUCGUUGGGGGCAUAACGAAAUGGAUGAUCCAACCUUUACGAAUCCCAGUGUGUACCAGAUCAUACACAAUCGCAAAACUGUGCCGGAUUUGUACGUGGAAAAGCUGAUACAAUUAAGUGUACUUUCUAAUGAAGAAGCUAAAGCAAUGCGUCAAUCUUAUUGGGAUUACUUAGAUUCGGAGUUGUCGCAGGCAAAGAGUUAUAGACCAGAAGCAAACUAUUUCAAAAAACAGUGGACGGGUUUGACAAGUGCAACAGAAACAAUCACCGUCUGGGAUACCGGACUUGAUUACCAAUUACUUAAUUACAUCGGACAUCAGAGCGUUUAUCAUCCGCCAGAUUUCAACGUACAUCCACAUCUUUUGAAGACGCAUAUUGAGGGACGUCGAAAAAAACUUGAUAACGGCGAAAAAAUUGAUUGGUCCACUGCGGAGGCAUUGGCCAUCGGCAGUCUAAUGUAUCAGGGUCACCACAUACGAAUAAGUGGUGAGGAUGUGGGGCGUGGUACGUUCUCUCAUCGUCAUAUAAUGUUGGUCGAUCAGAAGACUAACGAAAUGUACAUACCACUUAAUAGUAUGAAAGGCGGGCACGACGGCAAGCUCGAAAUCGCGCAUAGCAUACUGUCCGAAGAAGCAGUACUGGGAUUCGAGUACGGCAUGGCCAUAGACGAUCCUCAAAAGCUGAUCAUUUGGGAAGCACAAUUUGGUGACUUUGCAAAUGGUGCACAAAUCAUGAUCGAUAAUUUUAUUAUAACUGGUGAAACCAAGUGGAUGGACUCAAAUGGUUUGGUGAUAU